AUGCAGCAACCGGCUCAGCCCUACCAGUCCCCGGCCCAUCCCUACCAUUCUCCAGCCCAGCCCAGCCCUACCAAGCCCACUCUCAGAAACUGGCCCAGCCCUACCAGGCUACCAGCUACCCCAAGCUCCAGAUUACCAGCUACCCCCGGCCAGCCAGCUACCCUCAGCCCCAGCCUGCCAGCUACCCUCUGCAAGACGCCACCAGCCAUUACCAAGCCCCCAGCCAUGUUAGCCCCAUCCUGCCACCAGAAGUGUGACCCCCCCGCCCGGAGUGUUACCCCACCAGUGCUCAGUGCACCAUGCCCUCAGAGCACUCCCCCUCUAAUGACCAGUGUGUCAUUCUCCCCGAACACUCCCUCUUCAGCGGCCUUCAACCCCCCCAAGCUCCCCCAAGCGGCCCACCCGGCCCCCACAUUGCCACCAGUAGCCAGUGUGCCCCCCAGAGUCCCUCCAUUGGCCACCACCUACACCCCCCGAUGUGGUGGCAAUUGGCUCAUCUGCCCUCUAUGGCACAUCACAGUUUGCAGCCCCCCUCUACCACAGGAGAUGCAUGCACAUUUGAGGGGCGGCUGUAAAAAACUCUUCCCACUUCCCUUCAACCCUGGAGGUGAGCCUCCCACCUAUUGGUCGCCACACAACUCAUUCAAUGUAAACAACCAGAUCAUGUCCACCUGA